CGCCGCUGCUCCGCAUCACGCGCCCGCCGCCUUCCAGCGACCCUGCUCCGGGGCCAGGACAGCCCGUGUGCCAGCCUGCUCCGGCCCUGAAGGGGAGGGCUGGGGGCAGAGCCGGGGGAAGGAUGGCUGCGCUGAACCAGGACGUGCUGGUGGAAGUGGAAGAAGAGGACGAGGACGAAGAGGAUGGGGAUGUUGUCUUGGAAGAACUGGAGCAAACUAUCUUUCCCAGCUAUGGAACAACUUCAGACCAGAAAAAUCUCCAUACUGCAGAAUGGGUGGAGUUUGAUCGUAAACCUGACUCUUUAUUCUUCAAUGAUGGCCAACGAAGAAUUGACUUUGUGUUGGUAUAUGAAGAUGAGAGCAAAAAGGAGAAUCGCACAAAAAAAUUGAAUAAAAAGCGCAAGCAGAGGAAAAGAGAAAACUACGAGUCAAAUCUGAUAAGCAAUGGCUUGGAACUUGAAGCAACAAGAUCAGUCCUGGAUGAACACCUUAUUUUUGUAAAAGUGCAUGCACCUUGGGAAGUGCUAUGCACAUAUGCUGAGGUUAUGCACAUCAAAUUACCUCUGCAGCCCAAUGACCUGAAAGCCCGAGAUUCAGCUUUCAACUGGUUCAGUAGACUCUUCAGAGUGGAUGAAAAUAUCAUCAAACCAGAGCAAGAGUUUUUCACUGCCCCAUUUGAAAAGGACCAUUUGUCUAACUUUUACAUUCAGGACAAAGACAUGUUCUUCAACCCUGCAACCAGAAGCCGAAUUGUUUACUUUAUUCUUUCCCGCGUGGAAUAUGAAGUUAGAGGCAAUGUGAAAAAGUUUGGUAUUAACAAACUAUUGGACUCUGGGAUCUACAAGGCAGCAUUUCCUCUUCAUGAUUCUUGUUUCAGGCACAAGUCAGAGGAUCCCAAUUGUCCCAGUGAACGAUAUCUUCUGUAUAAGGAAUGGGCCCACCCUCAAAAAAUUUUCAAACUGCAGCCGUUAGAUUUUGUCAGGAAAUAUUAUGGAGAGAAAAUUGGAAUCUAUUUUGCUUGGCUUGGUUUUUACACUCAGAUGCUGUUACUGGCAGCAGUAGUUGGACUUGGCUGUUUUUUAUAUGGAUGCAUAACAAAGGACAACUGCACAUGGAGCCAAGAAGUGUGUGAUCCCAACAUAGGAGGCAAUAUCAUAAUGUGCCCUCAGUGUGAUCGAGAAUGUACAUACUGGAAUCUCACCAUCACCUGUGAAUCCUCUAAAAAACUCUGCAUGUUUGAUAGCUUUGGAACACUAGUGUUUGCAGUAUUUAUGGGAAUAUGGGUUACUUUGUUUCUGGAGUUUUGGAAGCGUCGGCAGGCUGAACUGGAAUAUGAAUGGGACACUGUUGAGUUCCUAGAGCAGGAAGAACAAAUACGGCCAGAAUAUGAAGCACGAUGCACUCACAUAGUAAUGAAUGAAAUUACACAGGAAGAAGAACGUGUUCCAUACACAGCCUGUGGAAAGUGUAUCAGGAUGACCUGCUGUACAAGUGCAGUCUUUUUCUGGAUUCUCUUGAUUAUUGCUUCUGUUAUUGGAAUCAUCAUCUACAGACUCUCAGUUUUUCUUGUGUUUUCUUCAACACUUCCACGGCACAUUAAUGGAACAGAGGCAAUCCAGAAGUACCUGACUCCACAGACAGCCACUUCAGUCACUGCUUCAAUCAUCAGCUUUAUAAUCAUUAUGAUUCUGAACAUCAUCUAUGAAAAAGUGGCAAUCAUGAUUACUGACUAUGAACUUCCAAGAACACAGACUGAUUAUGAAAACAGCCUGACCAUGAAGAUGUUCUUAUUCCAGUUUGUCAACUAUUAUUCUUCGUGUUUCUACAUUGCAUUCUUUAAGGGCAAAUUUGUAGGUUACCCUGGGGACCCAGUUUAUUGGCUAGGAAAAUACAGGAAUGAGGAGUGUGAUCCAGGUGGAUGUCUCCUAGAACUUACCACUCAGCUUGCAAUAAUAGUAGGGGGUAAAUCAAUCUGGAAUAACGUUCAAGAAGUGCUUCUCCCUUGGAUUAAGAAUCUAAUUGGAAGAUGUUGUACAGCUGCUAGAUCAGAAAAGGUUAUUCCACGUUGGGAGCAGGACUACCAUCUUCAACCCAUUGGAAAACUUGGAUUGUUUUAUGAGUAUCUUGAAAUGGUUAUACAGUUUGGAUUCGUCACUCUGUUUGUGGCAUCAUUCCCUUUGGCUCCUCUUCUGGCUCUUAUUAACAAUUUGUUGGAAAUACGAAUAGAUGCCUGGAAGAUUACAACCCAGUUCAGACGCAUGGUGCCACAGAAAGCACAAGAUAUCGGUGCGUGGCAGCCAAUCAUGCAAGGAAUGGCGAUUUUGGCUGUGGUGACAAAUGCAAUGAUAAUUGCUUUUACAUCUGACAUGAUACCUCGUUUGGUUUAUUACUGGUCCUUUUCAGUCCCUCCCUAUGGGAAUCACAGCGACUAUACCAUGAAAGGCUACAUAAACAAUACACUUUCUGUCUUUGCUGUAUCAGACUUCAGAAAGGAAAGCAAGCCAGUUCCACUCUCUUGGUUUGAUAACCAAACAACAUGCAGAUACCGUGAUUUCCGCUAUCCUCCUGGGCAUGAACAUCAGUAUGAACACAACACAUACUACUGGCAUGUGAUUGCAGCGAAACUAGCUUUCAUCGUUGUCAUGGAGCAUAUCAUAUAUUUUGUGAAGUUUAUUAUUUCAUACGCAAUUCCAGAUGUAUCAAAAAAGACCAAGAGCAAGAUCAAACGAGAGAAAUACCUAACACAGAAACUCUUGCAUGAGAAUCAUCUCAGGGUUAUGAAGAAAAAUGUGGGAAAUAUAGCUGACAAAAUCUUGAAUGUAACCGACACCACUUUCCGACCAAAAUCUGAAUAAGAAUUUUGCGCACUGAUAUUGCUUACCUAGAUUGGCUCUGUCAAAUGUUACUAAUGACUAAUCAAAAGUUUUAGAUUAGCUACUUUUAGCAAAUAUGGUUUCCUUUUAACUAGUAUCUUUUUAAAGGUACAGCAUUUGUUGGUUUCAGCAAGACAUUAAGAAACUAAGAUAAUGCCUCGCUAACAUUAUCACCAAGAAAAAGUGACAUUUUUUCCCCUAGUUGUUUUAGACAAAAUUUUUAUCAUGACUUUUUGCACACUGUUAAGAAGAGGUUGGUUUAUUCUGGAAUGUAACAGAAUACCUUCCACUUCAUUCAGGCAUUGGGUUUUUUUCUGUUUCAUUUGAACAAAACGCAAAUAAUUUGUAUUCAAGGAAAUAACACAGCAGCCAUUAACUGAGAGCUUUGAUCAAUUAAUAAUUCAAUCACUUGUGAUCUAAAUAAAUUAAGAAGAAAACCUAAAAAAAAAAAAAAGGGGAAGGAAAUGAAGAAAAAAGGAAGAUGAUAGAACUAAAUGAUCCUUAUUGCACAACCUUUUGUCGUCAUGGUAAGCAUUGUGGUAUACUAUAUGAAGCUUGAUAGUCACACUGGGCAUUAUGUGCAUAAUAGGUUACUUCAGUCACUGUGAUAAGUAUGGAUUUGAUCACAGUGUCAGGAAGCAUUACAAGCCUGAUUCUCUUCUUGUUAACAGCUGUGUAAAGCAAGAGGGAUUCCAUUAAAAGUCAGUGGAGAUGCACUGACUUUGCAGCAUUGAGAGUGUGAAGAUCAGGCAAUGUAUCUUUACAGAAUCAAUGUACUUUAAUUAAUUCAUUGUGGCAGUUCUGUUUUGAGCUGGUGUAAUCUUGAAGGUCUCUCACCUGUCUGGUAAGAGUUUAAAAUUCUUUUCACAUAUAUAAUAAUAUCCAGAAAGAUGUAUUUUACUUUACUUUCACAGCCAAAACUAUCUACUUCAUUGGUAUGUUUAACAGUGCAAGGAGUACAUGGCUGGACUUAUCAUGAUACACUAUUUUAUGAGUACACUUAGACAGGAGCAUGGAUUCACUGAAACAGAAAUGGAAGCAUACAAUUUAAAAUGUGUUACAUGUGUAUGUUGAGUUAGGUGGAUCAUUCUUGCUUGUUUUGUCAUUUUUUACAUUUAAUACAAUACGUAUGCAUGACAGAACUCUAAAAUAGUUCAUUCAUAACUAUAUUACAUAUUAUGAAGUGUGCUUUUGCUGAAGCUAGAUAAUGUCAAUUAAAUGUAUUUUAUCCUGGUAACAACCAAAACGAAUCAGAAAAAUUGAAAGUACUGCUAAUAUAAUUCAUCCCCUUCCAGGCUCAUCAUGUGUCAGCUACUGACACAAAAAUGCAACUCCAGUGCUGUAUCAUGUAUUUUUUAAAACACCUACUGACCAGGGAGUUGAAGUAGCUGUCAAGAUGGAAACAGUUGAGAGAUGGAUUAAAUUCAAGCUUCCUUAGGCUCAGAACUUGUGGAAAGAUCCAUACGGACAAACAGGCCACAACCAGACAAGAAUGGAUGUUUGGUUCCCUGGAGACAAGUAGCAGUGGUGCACCUUGUGCUGCCGCUACUUGUCUCUGGGAAAUGCCCAUGCCAUGUACACUUCGAUGUGUGGCAAGUUACCCUGGGUGAGG